AUGUCUCAGCAGGAGGAGGAACUAGAAACGCUCUCCUUGUUAUAUGAACCAGAAAACUUUCACUUCAGCAAGGAUCCUGAAACCUCCCUCGUCUACUCAGUCGAGCACCUUCCACCAAUCAUGGUUAGCUUCAAACUCCCUUCUGACUACCCAACCACGACUAUCCCUGUUCUCUCUCUCGAAUGCUCCUGGAUCAUGCCUGACCGUCUCCAAUCCAUCAUAGACCAGUUGAACACCUACCUGAGUGCCAGAGAGGUUGGAGAGCCAUGUUUGUGGGAGUGUUUUGAGUUUCUAGAAUCCAACCUCAUCUGUACGCUUCUCGGCCUGGAGAGAGAUGAGAGUGGAGUAUAUGCCUACGACAUAGAAGAAGCCGUUCCUUCACGUCGUAUGCGAGAGCAGGUUUUGACGGUAAUGGUUGAAAACGACAAUGCUGAGAGACGGAAGCACUUCAAGGAGGAGAGAGUGGGAUGCCUGAUCUGCGCAGAUGACGAGAAGAUGGGCUGUGACUGCACUCGGAUAACCGCAUGCGGACACGUGGCGUGUAAUGAUUGCCUGAGGGAGGCGCUGGCCGUGCACAUUGCAGAGGGCAUGAUGGCAGGCGUGCUGCGAUGUCUGCAUUGCAAGUCAGUGAUAGAGCUGAAUGAGGUGAAGGAGUUCGCCACACCCUCACAGUUCGAGGUCUACGACGCCCUGCUGUUACAACGCAGUCUCGCUCUUAUGAGUGACGUGGUGCGAUGCCCACGUCCUGGCUGUUCGGGAACAUGUCUUGCAGAGGAUGAUAAUCUGGCUCGCUGUCCCAUCUGUCAACAUGUCUUCUGUCCACGAUGUAUGGGCCUUUUCCAUCCCGGCCGACCUUGUUCACUUCGGCCCGCCGAGCCUGAGGCGGGCGGUGGGACAAAUGUGAAACCAGAAGAGGGGAAGGGAAAAGGAGGGGAGAAGAAGGAGGAGAAAAAGGCGGGGUUCGUCCGAUACGAAGAAGAGGAGGUCCCAUUUCCAUCAGAAGAUGUCGGGUGGAUGACGUGGAAGCUGAGUCACACAUUGGAUCCUGGCAAGCGUCGGGAACUCAUCACCAAUAUUCUUACCACCCGGACCAACAUAAUGGCAGAGGUUCUGGUGUCUCGCAAGUUCAAGGAGACGAACCUCCACCGCUGUCCCAACUGCGGCCUGUUUGUCUAUACAGAGCAUUCUCUGAGUGCAUGUUUAGUGGAAUUUUAG